GAAAGAGGCGGGGCGCGAGGGACCGACGCAGCCAAUAGGGAGCACCGUUGCUGGCAGGCGCGGCGGCCUCAGCUGGCUGAGAGGGCGGGAGGCAAGCAGGCCCGUCUUCCUCCGUGUCCCACAAGCCAGUAGGCUGUUAGGAAUUGUGGGAGUUGAAGUCCAAAACACCUGGAACGUUGAAGUUUGCCCGUGCCUGGCCUACGCUGAUGCGGUGGGGGUUGGCAGAAGCUGGAGCUAACAGUGGGGGCUCUCUCCGCUCCCCCAAUUCAAACCUGCGACCUUUCGGUCGAGAAGUUCAGCAGCUUAGCGCUUUAACAUGCUGCGCCAUCAGGGGAUAUUCUUUCCUAAAGGACCUUUUCUGCAGCUGUGAAACUGCUAUGUUGAAAGACGUCAUUGGAAAAACUUUUCGACUUCUUGGGUACACCAUUCAAUAUGGGUGUAUAGCUCACUGUGCCUUUGAAUACCUUGGAGGAAUUGUUGUGUGUUCAGGACCCUCAAUGGAGCCUACAAUUCAGAAUUCUGAUAUUGUGUUUUCAGAGAAUCUUAGCUGCCAUUUUUAUAACAUUCAGAAAGGUGAUAUUGUCAUUGCAAAAAACCCAACUGACCCUAAAUCAAAUAUCUGUAAAAGAGUAAUGGGCCUGGAAGGAGAUAAAAUCUGUACAAGCAGUCCUUCAAAUUUUCUUAAGAUGAACAGUUAUGUACCCAAGGGACACGUGUGGUUAGAAGGUGAUAACCUCAGAAAUUCCACAGAUUCCAGGUGUUAUGGUCCUGUUCCAUAUGGAUUGAUAAGAGGACGCAUAUGCUUUAAGCUGUGGCCUCUGACUGAUUUCGGAUUCCUACGUGCAAGUCCCAACAGCCACAGGAUUUGUAAUGACUGACAUAUUCUCAACUAUAUAUUUUCAGUUUUUAUUAACUUGUAAAAAUAGCAAUUUGUAUAUUUAUGUACAAUAAACAAUAAUUGUAAUAA